AUGGCCCUGAGGAUCUGGAAAAAACAUAAAAGGAAGGCAGGUAAUGGUGGCAGAGGCAGUUGGACGAGGGUUAAGAGCGGAUCGAAGGGGUUUUGUGAAUUGAAGGAGAAUGAAGAGAAAUUUGAAAAGAGGUUGAUGAAAAUUGGCGGGGAAGUGGAGAAAAUCGGAAAUAGAAGGAGAAGGGUAAGGAGAGGAGAGGAAGAUUGGGAAUUAGAGGGGUCCUUGCUUACAAACCACCCCUCCGACACUACCCGCGAGGCCCUAAUCGCCGACCGGUGCCCCUGCAGGUAG